GUGACCUCUGCCAACUCAAAUCAUGAAAAGAAAAAGAAAGUGCACCGAUGCUGCUGUUUUUUUAAGCUUUAGCCCUGAAAUGUGCCUCCAAAAAUGCAGGAACCAACGCGCGGGGUCACACGGUUUUAAGUUUAAUUUUACAAAUCCAAGGCAGUGAAACAAACACGAUGGCGGACUUUUAUCGCGGUGUGGAGGCGGGCUUGUCGCGGAGACUGGACUGUCUGUGUUUGUGCCGCAGAUCGGGUUGUUAUUGUAGCUAGCGUUAGCGUGAAAUUAGCUUACCCUGCUGUCUGUCUUCCCUGGGAGCAAAACCAGCCCAUGUUGAUUCAUUCCUGCGGGUAAGGAAACCACAAACCAAGCUAACUCCAGAGAAAGUUGUGGAUUUGACGAAAACACCCGGGUACUCCUUUGGCGUGGUGCUAAAUUUGCCAUCAACACCUCAUUUGGUGAUCUUUGACAAGGUUGCAGACUUGCAGAGUAAUAUGGGUGGAUUUUUAUUUGACAAGCACGCACAAGUCUCUCGUAUUGAAAUGUCAGGAUCGCCUUUAAGGCUUUUAAUCUAAAAUGUAAGCGAUGGUGGGGCAAGGACAACAACUUUUGCAAGGCGUGCGUUGUGGUUUUUGACAACAUGGAGAGAGAAGUUGACCGCUGAAGCAACGUGUGAUCUGUGGCACGCCUGCAAAAGUCAAAAACAUGUCUUGCAAAGCUGCGACCAAGGACAAGAAAACCAGCUUUAGUAAGAAGCUGUUCAGGCGAGGCUCGGUCAGAUCUGUGGGUAGUUUUAUGAGCAGAUUUCUCCGGACGCUCACUGCUUUAUCCCAUUUUGGAUCAGAAGUACAAGCAGAGGACGACAAGGAUGAUGGGGGCUUUUCCACGUUUAAAUCUGGGAAUAAGGAUGUCCCCAUGGAGGACGGGGAGCUAUUCUUUUCUGGAGACAAGAUCCCAGGAGUGUCAGGGCUGAAGAACCAUGGGAAUACCUGCUUCAUGAAUGCAAUACUACAGUGCCUGAGCAAUACAGAUCUGUUUGCAGAGUAUCUAGUUUUGGAGCAUUAUAAAGAAGAGGAGCAAAAUGAGGAGAAACCGAAGACUAACGGGGUUCAUCUGCAGAGGAAAGGACCACUGGCCAAAGGGGAGGUGACUGAGCAGCUGUCCGGGCUGGUGAGGGCGUUGUGGACCUUUGAGUACACUCCGCAGCAUAGCAGGGAUUUCAAGAGUGUAGUGUCAAAAAAUGCCACUCAGUUCAAAGGUAAUGCUCAACAUGACGCUCAGGAGUUUCUGUUGUGGCUGCUGGACCGAGUACAUGAAGACCUCAACACUGUCAACCCGAACAGCCGGCCGGCAAUAAAGCCUCCAAUAGAAGAGGACGACCAGAGUGUAGAGGGGCCGUCUCCGCCCCUUUCGGCUGGGUCGUUUGUGCAAGAGCUGUUUCAGGCUCAGUACAAGUCAUCCCUCACUUGCCCCCAUUGUCAAAAACAGAGUAACACGUUUGACCCGUUCCUGUGCAUUUCCUUGCCCAUCCCGCUGCCCCACACACGCCCCCUGUAUGUUACUGUGGUGUACCAGGGGAAGUACUCUCACUGCAUGAGGAUCGGAGUGGCCGUGCCCCUCAACAGCACAGUGUACCGGCUCCGAGAGGCUGUGUCACGUGAGACCAAGAUCCCCAUGGACCAGUUUGUUUUGACUGAGAUGUAUUAUGAUGGUUUCCACCGCUCAUUUUGUGAUGAUGAACACGAUCUUAACAUCAUUCAAGAAAGUGAUUCCAUCUUUGCCUUUGAAACACCAGAGACCUUCAAACUGGAAAACAUCCGUCACAAAAGAGGGAGUCUUCUGGCAAACCUGAAUCAUAAUAACUUUAAGUAUGGAACAGAGAUGAGCAGGACGCCAUCGUUCAUGCAGGGGGCUAUGACUCCUCUUACGGCAUCGCCAAACAAAAACCUUGGACCAGAGAAAAUGAUCCUAUUAGUGUGUAACAGAGCCUGCACUGGACAUCAAGGAAAGAGAUUUGGCCUGCCGUUUGUGCUGUACUUGGAGCGCACUGUGACCUGGGACACGCUGCAAAAGGAGAUCUUGGAGAAAAUGCGACAUCUUCUGAGGCCUGGGGUUUAUAUUCAGGUGGGACCUUUCAGUCUCAGGGUGGUUGGCGUAGUUGGAAUCACCUACCUCCUUCCUCAAGACGAGAGGCCGCUGUGUCACCCAACUGUGGAUAGAGCUUAUAAGUCCUGUGGACAGGGGGGACCACCGCAUGUGAAGAUUGUUGUAGAGUGGGACAAAGAAACCAAGGAGUAUUUGUUUGGACACACAGAGGAGGAGUACAUCCCUGAUGCAGAGAGCGUGUACCUGCACCGCGAGCAGCACCACCAGCCACAGGCCUGCACGCUCGCCCAGUGUUUCCAGCUCUACACCAAAGAGGAGCAGUUGGCCCCGGACGACGCCUGGCGCUGCCCUCACUGUAAACAGCUGCAGCAGGGACGCAUCAAACUCAGCCUGUGGACCCUGCCCGAUGUGCUCAUCCUACAUCUCAAGAGGUUCAGACAGGAGGGAGACAGGAGGGUGAAGAUGCAGAACAUGGUACGAUUCCCUCUGAUCGGCAUGGACAUGGCGCCCCAUGUGGUAAAGAGGAGUCAGAGCAGCUGGAGUUUACCCUCACACUGGUCACCGUGGAGACGACCUUACGGCCUGGGGAGAAACCCUGACGACUACCUGUACGACCUAUAUGCUGUGUGCAACCAUCAUGGGAGCAUGCAUGGAGGACACUAUACUGCUUAUUGUAAAAACUCAGUGGAUGGCCAGUGGUACUGCUUUGACGACAGUGAAGUGGCACCCGUAGCAGACGAGGACGUGUGUCAACAGACUGCUUAUAUUCUGUUUUACCAGCGAAGAACCGCCAUCCCAUCCUGGUCAGCCAACAGCUCUGUAGCAGGCUCUACCAGCUCCUCUCUGUGUGACCACUGGAUCAACAGGCUUCCCGGGAGCAGACCGGCCAGCCUCGCCUCCGGAGCCUCCUCCCGACGCACCUCUCUGGCCUCUCUCGCCGAGUCAGUCGAGUUUCCAGGAGAGAGAAGUGAAGACGAUGGGGGCUUCUCUGUACGUCCGUUUGUGCGCAGUAUCCAGCGGCAGAGCGUCUUGUCCCGCUCGUCCAUUGCCAGUCCAUUGGCCCUGAGCGACAGUGGCCUCAAGCCCUCGUGGUCCCUCUCAGCCAAACUCCACAUGAGGUCCAACUCCCCCUCACGCUUCUCCCUGGACUCGCGCUGCUCUCCUCCUCUGGAGAGGAUUGGUGAGGUCUACGAUGACAAAGUGUCCACUUCCUGUUUUGGCAGCUACAGUCGUCAUGAGCGUUACUUUGGCAACAGGAGUCCUUUGUCUAUGAUUGAGAGUAACGUGAGUGAGCAGGACAACAAGCGCUUCCUGGACCUGAUGCACUGCAGAGCCCCCACCCCAGUGGACAAGAAAGGCCCCAAAGCCGAGUCUAUGGAAAACAACAAUCAGAUUUCAGCUGUAGACCAAAACUUGAUCCCUCCCCCUGCCACUCCCUCUAAAGAGCAGAAACGGAAGAGCAGCAUCGGGGGCUUCAUGUCAAAGAGUGAAGGCACAGGCACCUCAAAAGGCAGUAAAGACGGUAAGGCCGAACCAGAGAAAAGCUCCAAGAAACGUUUGUGUGCGUCUCACAAGUGUGUGACAGAGAUCCCUCCCACCACUCCUGUCAAGGGGAAAAAGGUGAACACUACAAAAGAGAAGAGUGUCACUUCUAAGAAGAGCCCCUCCACACCCUGCAGCACGCCUGUGAAGACCAAAGAGUCUAAGAGCACAGAGCUAACACCACAGCACAGGGCGUGUCUGCGCUCUCCGGCUCAGUCCUCUGCCUCUCCCUCUCCAACUGUAAAGAAGAGCUCCAUCAGCGCCAGCAGCACCCGCAGGAGCCUGGUGGAGAGGAGCUUCAGCAGAGACUCCAUGCAUACCAGCCCCCUGGUGGACAGUGUGCGUAAUAGUCCCACGCCGCGCUCCUCUCCCUCUAAGACCACAGAGGGUCGUCCUGAGAGGAGGUUUGUGCGCAGCUCCAGCAGCAGCUCCUCUGUCACCAGCCUGCGCUCGCCCAGUGUGUCCACUAGGGACCUCCAGCGCAGCAGUAAGUCUGAGGAGAAGGGUCUAUCCUUUUUCAAGAGUGCCCUGAGGCAGAGGGAGAGCCGGCGUUCAGCAGAUUUGGGCAAAAGUAGUGUGCUCACUAAAAAGGCCUCUGAGAGGACAUGCAAGCAGAACGGACAAGUCAAAGAUGUGAGCGCUGAUGGGAAGGCAGGAGAGUCUUCUGUAGAUAGUUCCACAGCAGAGACCAAGUCUGAGACCAAACCUGAGAGCAAGGAGUCUUCCAAAGCUCCGAGCUCCCUGAGCCGCAGCCUGCUCCACGUGGGCCGCUCAAAGUCUUCCACUUCUGAAGUCACUCUCAAGUCUCCCACAAACGGGAAGAAGCCUCUGGAGAAAAAGGCAUCUUCCAGAAAACUGGCCUCAAAUGUCCAGUCUCCUGCUCGCACAACACGCAGGCCUCAGUGAUACAGCCCAUGUCAAACAUAAAGCAGCUAUUUUCUUUGUGCCUACGUUUUACUGAGAGCAGCAGGGAUGUCAGACAUGUUUUGAUCUGUAAUCGGUUUUGACCCAUACAUCAAUAUUGGCAUCAAAGCAUUUUCUAACUAUGUUCAAGACGAUGAUUAUGACAGAAAACAAAAGGCCACAUAUAAAAUUUUAUACUUGGAGUUCUGGUGUAGGAACUUAUGUUAAGUCCUUUAAAUUUCCUAGAAAGUAAUGGUGCUAACUCCAAUGAAAUGGUAUUUCUGAAAAUAUGUCUGACAUGUCCCUGUUGUUUUCUAAGAAUCAGAGUUUCAUUCUGAAAUCGGUGAUCUUUUCUUAGUCCUUUUCAGGAUUCUUUUAAACUGGUAUUUUCGGGCAUCUGUCCACACCUCAUGGUUUUCCAGUUUCUGUUGAAAAGUUUUGGCUCUAUGGUAUCUUCGCAGGUUUUAUCAGAGCUAAAAGAUUAUUCAUAACUAAUGAGCAAUACACACAAACUGUUCAAGGACAGGCAACAGAAGGCUGGAAAGAUUGUAAUUUAGGGGUGUGAAAGAUUUUAAUAUUUUAUUUUUUGUUUACGAUGUAGAUUUACUAUAGAAAUGUAUUUUUAUUAACAGCCUCUUGAAGGCUAUGCUUUUUUCCUCAUAAAAAGAUGCUGGGUUUUGGAAUGAGACACUUUUGAAAUAUCAGACAGUAAUUAUAUAUUUAAAUGUACAUAUAAAGUAUAUACAUAACAAUAUCUGUCAAAACAAGUCUUAUCAAAGCGCCUUUCAGUACCCAUGGAAACAGAGUAGUACUACUGUAUGCAUCAUGAGUAGAAACAUUAAUUGCACUUUGUAGUUAUAGUAGUUUUUCACCAAGCAAGAAAAGAGACACAGAUAUUUAAUGUAACGGUAUGAGGAGGGUUUUUCUGUAUUAGGGUACUUCUCUCACAGUUUGACCUGGCGCUGGACAUGUUCUUCCCCAUCUGCUGCACUACUUCUUUACUCACUCUGCCUGUAUCCAACAUACAGUUGCAUACAAGCUGUCACACACCAUUAAUGCAUUAACACAGAACAUUCAUAGAAUGCUUUGUCAUUGUGAGGAAUGACAAGUGCAGUUGCAAUAUUCAUAUAAUACUUUACGUACCAGCAGAGUAUGCUUCAUAAACAAAUCAGUGAAUGUGUCAAAUAGUUUCUAUUAUGAAUGACUUUUCCUUGUAGCAGACAGGUUUAGAUCAGUCUCAGAUGGUGUAAGGAGCUCCCUCUCUCAAAGUCCUCAGUAUGUUGCACUAAAGCUUCAUAGAGCUUAAUAUUGAGUGCAGGGGUCCUGUAGCUGCUGUUUUCUUUCUUUAUCAGGAAGCUCAGAGCAUGGCACUUUGAUUCACAACACUUCUGCUUUCUUUCACCUUGUUUGCCUGUGAGGUAGUACCUAACGUGUGCUAGACCUUGUCAGAAUGCUAUCAAACACUACAUUUAUUAUAUAUGGGAUUGUUCAUUCAUACUUGUCGCCAAAUGCAGUGCUGUACCUUUUGUUAUCGCACUGGUUGUCAGAUUGUGAUCUUUGCGCAGGAGAGAUUGUAAAAAAAAAAAAAAAAAAAAAGACUUCUUAUAUUCCCCUUAUGCAUACUUGUCAUGAAAUGUAGCUGACUAAACAUAUUCCAAGCUUAUUUUUUCUAUAGAAGUAAAAUCUACAAAUUGUAUUAGAUUUUGAGUUGUGUACAUCCAAACAAUAGUGUGUAUUCACCACAUUGCCUACAGUAUUCAUUGUCUUUGUGUUGUAAGAGCAGUCAUACUGGUGCUGGACCAUUAGCUUCCUGCUGCUGCAGUGUAGGCUCUGUUUUGACAAAGCUACAGAGUUGAGACAGCUCUUUCAAGCAUUUAGCAAUAAAACCUCCAUCUCAAAUCUUAGUUUUUAUGUCGCUGAAACCAAAUGUGCUGCAUUUAUUUGAGAUCCAGGUCAAACAUUCAAUAGAAAAUGUGAGAUAAAAGCAAUUGUUUCUAAUGCCAUACAAUCAGCCCUCUAACUUCUGUGAUGUGUGUCCGUUGUACAGAGGAGAGAAUGCAGUGUUGCAUGUAGAUGCUAAUGCAUGACUUUCAUUAACUAUGCAAGAGUCCUAAGCUGUGUACAGAGUAGCGCGUGCAUGAGGUUUAGUCUAUGCCUAAUUUGCACAUCAUUACAAAGGAAUCUGUAAAGUGAAAACUGAACUUCAAGUCUAUUAUUCCUCAUGUAAAAUCUUUUACAUUUUUUUACUGGUUGUUUUGCCAUUGAGUGUACAUUCUGGGUGCUCCUGCCAAACUGCAGGUUAUUUCCACAGUCAAUAUCCACCAGCAAAGUCAAUUCUUCCAAUCAUCUUCUGUCAUAACAACAUUAAAUGUUUGUAUUAUACAAAAAAAUGCAAAUCAAUAUCGGACAAAAGUGUGACAUGUAGCAUCUGUUUAAAUAUGUCUGUAGUUUACUUCGCAGUUCAUUGUUUAACAAUGGCAAUAACAUUAUAGUUUUAUAAUCCUCUAUAGGAAAUUACAACUUUGACAAAGAGAUGCUGCACAAAUAAGUUUAAUUUUAUGCAGUUUACCAAACGGGAUUGACGCAAGCUGUUCAAAUAUACAAAGGCAUCAAUGAAUACAAUGUUUAUUUUUACUGUAGAGAGAUGGUUCUUUGUCCAUGUCGCUGACCAGUCGUUCUUACUUUGUUUUCUAAUCACAUCAUUAUGGCGGCAUUCCUGUUUUCUUGUUUUCUGGUUGUCAAAUCUAACCACUAAGACCAACAUACUGAUUUUGUUGCUUCCACACUGAUAAAAAUGACAAGUUCCUUAUUGACAACCUACAGUUUAACCUUCAGUUUGCCGUUACUUUGAAUGUCAUUGCAGCCAAUUGAGAUACUUUUUUUAAGAGAAAAUAAUGUACUGAUUUAUCAUUAUUUUGUUAAUCUGAUUUUAUAUUGUUUUUCAUGCCUUUUUUAUAUUUCUUUUUUAGUUCUAGUGCUAAAGACACAUCAGACUCACUGUCUUCAUGUUAAUUUAUUUUUUAUGUCUUCGUCUUGUAUGCACUUUUAAGUUUUUUUUAUGUUUCCUAAAGGACAUUGUGUAUAUAGUACUUUGUUGGAAUACCCAGGCCAAUUGAAAACCAUUAUUAAAAAUGUACACGU